AUGCUCGCAAGAUCUGCGGGGAGUGCUUUGUCAAAGCAUGCGACUCCGGGCUUUCGCUCCAGAGGCUGUCUCAGAUCCCACUGGAAGUCCGCCCGAGUCCUUGCUCGUUCCGCGACCUCUGUCUCGGUACCUGCCUCAGUCGACGAUGCAGACAUCAUAGCCUUGUUUGACUAUCCCUCAUCUACACAAAAUUCUACCUGUCACACACCCACUGGACUGUUCGGUUUUCCUGUCCUUACCACACCUUCUUCGUUCAAUGCUUUAGCUGACUCCACUCUCCGUCGCGCCGAACUCCUGACCGAUCGCGUACUUCGGGCACGCGAAUCCCGGAGCGAGCUGUUCAAGGUGGUGAAGAACUUAGAUCGGCUUAGUAACUUGCUGUGUGGGGUCAUAGACCUCGCGGAGCUUAUUCGGAAUGCGCAUCCAGACUCAUCUUGGAUACGGAGUGCCGAGGAGGUGUACGAGAAAUUAUGCGAGUUCAUGAAUGUACUCAAUACACAUGUCGGGUUGUACGAAGUUUUACGAGCCGUACUGUCCGAUGCCGAUGUGGUAAAGUCCCUCAGCGUGGAAGCGCACCAGACAGCCCUCAUAUUCUGGCGAGACUUUGAGAAGUCUGGAAUAGACCUUCCUCCCGAUCAACGCAAUCGUUUUGUGUCGUUAUCGACAGAGAUAAUGCUGCUUGGCAGGCAGUUCUUGAAUGGGAGUGCAAGCCCUCGGCCUCCCGCUGCUAUCGCACCUUCAGAGUUGCAAGGGUUGAAGGACUUGGGAAUGGGUGCCAGACUAAGACUGCAAGCCCAGGUGACACAACGAGAUCUGCACGUUUACCCUGGUUCCAUGCAAGCCCAGAUGAUUAUGCGUUCUGCACCUUCGGAGGAAGCACGACGAAAGGUCUACAUGGCAGGUAACACCAGUACACCCCAGCAAAUUGCGAUCCUGGAGAGGCUUCUGCAUGCUCGCGGAGAACUUGCUCGGCUCGUAGGGAAAGAGAGCUUUGCCCACAUGGCCCUGACUGACAAGAUGGCAAAAUCGCCAGAACAUGUACAAUAUUUCCUGGAUGCUAUCUUGGACCACACUCGCCCGUACGCAGAGAGCGCACUGCGCGCGUUAAGCAUGCGGAAGCAAGCCCAUCUUAAUACACCGCCAUUCCCAGUCAUUCAAGCAUGGGAUAGGGAUUAUUACUGCCCCCCAGAACCCCCUGCACCUCCCGUAACAUUACCUCCACUAACACUCGGCACAGUCGUCAUGGCACUCUCACGGCUGUUCAAAAACCUGUACGGCGUAUCACUACAGCUCUCGGAAGCUGCACCUGGCGAGAUCUGGGAUACUGACGUGCGGAAACUCGAAGUUGUCGAUGAGGAGACCGGCUUACUUGGCUGGAUAUACGCUGACGUCUUUGCGCGACGAGGCAAGCCAAGCGGUGCUGCACAUUACACAGUACGAUGUUCUCGAAGAACAGACGAUGACGAUGAGUUGGGGGACCUCGUACUAGCCGAUGAGAAUGACAAGGCGGUCGUGCAGAUGUCCCGGGAGUUUGAGGCAACCCAUCAACGUCGAAUACCAGGGCAGGAAGGGGUGUUCCAGCUCCCAAUAGUGGUGCUGGUCUGUGAGUUCUCGAGACCAUCCAUCCGUGGAGGGCCGACCAUCUUGGAGUGGCAUGAAGUGUUGACGCUAUUCCACGAAAUGGGCCAUGCCAUGCACUCGAUGAUCGGCCGGACAGAGUAUCAGAACGUCUCCGGCACACGCUGUGCAACAGACUUCGUCGAGCUCCCCUCCAUUCUCAUGGAGCAUUUCCUGAAUUCUCCGGCAGUUCUCUCCCUCUUUGACCGUGACGGCACGGUCGACAUUCGCCAGACCGGCAACCAUCAUGAAGAUCCCUGCCGCUCCAUUGAUACCCAUACCCAGAUACUCCUCGCAUCGCUCGACCAAAUAUAUCACUCUCCAGCUGUCCUCAGUCCGAACUUCGAUUCGACAGCUGCCCUAGCGAAACUAUAUGAGACGCGCGGCCUCAUCCCCUACGUACCCGGGACGUCCUGGCAGACACAAUUUGGCCAUCUCUUCGGGUACGGCGCGACGUACUACUCGUACAUGUUCGACCGUGCGAUUGCCUCCCGCGUAUGGCGCAAGCUCUUUGCGCACGACCCGCUUAAUCGGGAGACGGGCGAAAAGUACAAGUGCGAGGUGUUGCGCUAUGGUGGUGGGAAGGACCCGUGGACGAUGGUUGGCGCGUUAUUAAAUGCACCAGAGCUGGAGAGCGGCGAUGCCGAGGCGAUGGCAGAAGUGGGUAGGUGGAAGAUUGAGGAUGAAGUUGCCAUGCCGGGAAGGCAUUGA